AUGCAGUUCACUCAAGUCCUCCUGGCCACUCUCCUGGCCGUCCCAUCGGCCCUCGCCGCUCCCUCGAAUGAAAAGUCCAUGAUGGCCUCAAGCCCCCAAUGGACCAUUCAAAACAUGAAGCGCGUCUGCGCCGCCGAUGACUCCUCCUGCACCUGGACCUUCGGCAUCUACCCGGGCUCCGGCGAUGCCACCGCCUGCAAGCUCGUCGUGACCGGCGAUCAUGCCUCCCAGGCCAACGGCGGGCCCGUCAACUGCGGCGACUACACCGUCACCUCUGGCUGGAGCGGCCAAUUCGGCGCGGGCAACGGCUUCACGACCUUGGCCGUCGUCAACAACGUGAGCCGCCAGAUCGCUUACCCUGCUUACACCGAUAAGCAGGUGGAGAGUGGCAAUGUGGUCAAGCCUGACCAGAGCUACCCUCCCUAUGCUCUCCCUUAG